AUGAAAAGGGCCGCACAUCAAGGAGCACUACGUCCAGCGGACGCCAUCAGGGCCACAAGCUUCCGUAACUUUGCCACGCUCGCCAUCGCUCGCCUGCAUAGCGCUGCACCGGAACGAAGCCGCCUUCACCUUCGCGGCCGAGUAACAGCGCAGAGGAGUGCCGAAGGCCCUCCUAGCAGCGCAGCUCGUGGCAAGGACCGGGGCCCAGAAGAGGCACCCAGCUAUCAGUUUGUGUUCGAGGUGACUACCGCGAUGCCCUGUUGGACCAGAGAGGUCAGCUGCACCUACGGCCGACAUCGUCCGCAUUGGACGUUCCGCCUUUGGCUGCAGAGAACGCAGGCGACGAUGUCGGGCAAAGAGGAUUGGAGCGCUGAGCUGUCGGAGUUGAGCGUGUGA